GAGUUUAGGGUGGGAGAGUUAGCUAUUAGCGCUGUGAGCUAACUAGCCGGAGUGUGUAAUGGCGGCCUCAGUGUUGCUGGGGUCUGCGGACAACACCGGACUCAACUUCACAGUCGGAGGCGGCAGCAGCGGCGGAGGGACCGGGAAUGUUUUAGUUGGAAACAAUAACGGACUUGGUCCGGCGGGUCCGGCGUCCUGGAACCGUUCUCUGGACCGGGCGUUGGACGAAGCCUCGGCCACCGGGUGCCUUAACCUCAGCGGCAGGAAGCUGAAGGAGUUUCCCCGGAGCGCCGCCAACCACGACCUGACGGACACGACCAGGGCCGACCUGUCUCGUAACCGUCUGUCGGAGCUUCCUCUGGAAGUGUGUGUCUUUGUGUCUCUGGAGAGUCUGAACCUUUACCAGAAUUGUCUGAGGUCUCUGCCAGACAGUCUAAUCAACCUGCAGGCUCUCACCUACCUGAACCUCAGUCGGAACCAGCUGUCUGUCCUCCCUGUAGUCAUCUGCAGCCUUCCUCUGAAGGUUCUGAUUGCCUGCAACAACAAACUGGUUUCUCUGCCAGAAGAGCUGGGACAGCUGAGACACCUCACUGAACUGGAUGUGAGCUGUAAUGAGAUCCAGACUCUGCCGUCUCAGGUGGGUCAGCUGGAGGCUCUACGAGACCUGAACAUCAGGAGGAACCACCUGGUCAGACUGCCUCCAGAGUUGGCAGACCUCCCUCUGGUGCGUCUCGAUUUCUCCUGUAACAAAGUGACCUCCAUCCCCGUCCGCUACCGACAGCUCACACAGCUACAGACCAUCGUCCUCGACAACAACCCUCUGCAGUCCCCACCUGCACAGAUCUGUAUUAAAGGGAAGAUCCACAUAUUUAAAUAUCUGAACCUGGAGGCCAGUAAGGCGACCCCCGAACUCCAAGACUACGACAGACGACCUUUGACCUUCAGCUCCUGUGCUGAUGAGCUGUACCCCGGACGUCCAUACGGAGCACUGGAUUCUGGAUUCAACAGUGUCGACAGUGGAGACAAGAGAUGGUCAGGGAACGAGCCCACAGAAGAGCUGGCAGAGCUGCCGCUGAGAGUAGCAGAGAUCAGCAGAGAUCAGAGAAACAGAGCAGGAGGGUCUCUGCUGGCUAACGGCACUCAUGUGGAGCUGGAGCAGAUAGACUUCAUAGACAGCUGUGUGGGAGAGGAGGAGGAGGAGGGGAGGAGUCGAGGACGAGGAGAAGCAGCAGGAGGAGGAGGAGGAGGAGGAGGAGAUGGCACCAGCCUGAGCUCUCAGUUCAUGGCCUACAUCGAGAGACGCAUCACCAGAGAGGGUUCUCCAGUGAAAAACAGCUCGAGGACAGAAGACACAAGGAGACACACACACAGGAGUGUGGUCGAUGGCGUCCCGCCGCCCUCUAGCGCCCAGAGCCAGAGAGGUGUUACUGGUUCAGGGGGGUUGGAGAGGAUGAGGAGGGAGGCUCAGCUCGCUGCUCUGAGGUACGACGAGGAGAGACAGAAGAAUCGAUCCCUGCAGAGAGACUCCGUGGCCAGCUACACCAAGCAUAAAGCAGCUCAGAGUCCAACAAAGUCCAGUCCAGACAGUGAGAGCGUAUACCCCUCCAGACGAUCCACCCACACAGAUGACUCCGCCCUCUUCAUGGGAGAGGACAGAGCUGCUCUGUCUCCUACAGCCAAUCAGUCGCCUUCUUACCCCAGCGCAGGGGGCGUGACCUCCUGUCGGCCCGCCGGUCUGAGACCAGAGAGCUUCCUGUUUCGUCUCGGUCAGAAGGAAGAGAAGAGGAAAGGUGAUGCUCCUCAUAACCAGGAGGAGGCUCCUGCUGCUCCUCCUCUGGUUGGAGAAGAUGCUGAGCUGGUGGAGCAGCUCAGAAAGAAUAUCGAGGCUCGUCUGAAGGUCUCGUUGCCUAGCGACUUGGGGGCAGCUCUGACAGACGGGGUGGUGCUCUGUCACUUGGCCAAUCACGUGAGACCACGUUCUGUCCCCAGCAUCCACGUCCCCUCCCCCGCUGUGCCCAAACUCACCAUGGCCAAAUGUCGACGGAACGUUGAGAACUUCCUGGAGGCGUGUCGCAGGAUCGGCGUUCCACAGAGUCAGUUGUGUCUUCCUCUGCACAUCCUGGAGGAGCGAGGGCUCCCCCAGGUGGCCGGGACCGUCAGCGCCCUGCUCGACCUGGCGCCGCCCAGAAACCUCGUCACCAUGACGACAACCACAGCUGGCCCCUCUGUCAACUUAUAGACGACACAACUACCACCGCACGUGCUCAGUCCACCUCCUGCAGCUCUCCGGUUGGGGAGGAAACCUACAAGCAAAUGAUUUUUAGAUAAAAAAAACUGAAAACCUCCAGAAAAGUGUGGAUGUGAUGGAGACAUGAGCACAACUGAAGAUGCAACUACAGUAACACAGCAACAGUUUGUUUCUUACAACCGCAAAAUGAUCAGGCUUUGAGUCCCUGAAGUGGCCAUUAGAGCGUCUUCAGCUUUAUGAACCUUCCUGUUUUAGUGAUCGGUCAGAUUUCUUUCACUGCCGCAAAGAAAGAGGGAGGGAAGCGGUUAAGGCAAGAAAAGUGACAACAUUUAGUCAAAUUCAUGCACUCAGUGGAACAAAAUCAAAAACACUCAGUCUGGCAGCUCUUCUGGAGGCAAAAAGUUUCAAACUGUCAGGCAGCAGGAAGCCACGUGCACAUUUUUUGUAUAUUAAAUAUUCUGUUGUGUUUUAGCAUUGAAAACCUUCCCUCCUUUGUUCUACAAAAUCAUGAGUUCAUCUUUUGACUCAAAUCAAGGUGACAGAAACAAUUAUUUCAGGCAUUGCAACCCUAAAAGUAUAUUUUUAAUUUCACUGUCUGUAAAAAAACUAUAAUCUGUUGAUAGUUUCAUUCAGUCCUCCCAGAACAGUUUUUAGAUUUUGGGUUGGAGAAUUAGUCAGCGUGUAGUUAUGGUAGCAAACUGAUUUAGCUAGCUAGCAUUUUUUGAGUCUGCUUGGUUUAAAAUUUAAUCUCCCCAACUCAAAGUAGAUGUUUGAAUUUAUUUUUUAUUUAUUUUUGUAUGUAUGUACAUUUUGACUGGCUGAACUCAAAGUCAGUUUUCAUGCUGGUAGUUUUUGUAUGAGCAGUUUUCUGCAGCCUUCAGCUGACAUUACUGACCUUUGUUUUGAUUUAUUUACAGGUCCCCUAAACUCAUUGAAUCCAAAGAAUAAUCUAUCAGUGAAAGAACGCUUGCGGCUAACAAGGUCCUAAUAUAUUUUUUAUUUAUUCAUUUUUUAAAAAUGCUUUUCAUGGACAGGCACAAUUUAAAGUAACAGCAGCACAGUUAGCUAGCUGCUAAUUGGCAUCUGUUUUCCCCAGGCAGGAAGACAAAAGAAACGUGAGUGUGCAUUUAACUGUAAAAUCUUUAAAAACAAAGUUAUAUCAUAGGGGAAAAAACAAACCAAAACAUUUAAUAUCCUAGUUAAAACAUCUAAUUGCAACUAAACAGACAAACUGAGAGUGUAUUAACUUGUCUCUGUAAUUAAGUCCUGACCCAGUUGGUUUAUAACUUAAGCUAACGUAGAUAAAAAAAACAAAAAACAAAAACAUUACUUUCCAUUGUUUCGUUUUUUGGGGGGUUUUUUGCGUUUUAUUUUUGUUUUUUGUGUUGACACUAAGAUAGCUUUCUGCUGACGGUAGCUGUUACUGACGUAGUUGGUUUUGAGGUGAUGCCAACAUAGCUCGCAGCUAAUAUUAGCUAAGUUUUUGGAAGUAGAUUAAGCUAACACAGGGAGCUGUAAACAGUAAUUAUUAUUAAGCACUGACUUUGGGGUAGAAGAUAAUUUAAGUCAACACUAACAUUAGCUAGCAUUGAUAAUGUUGGUUUCAGAAUGAAUGGCAAUAGAAGUACUUUCCAACAGUAGCAAAUAUAAACGUGCAGUAGAAAGUCUGAAAAGCUCACUGCUAAUGUUAGCUAACAUUGUGAAAUUAGUUGUUGUAAAGAUUAAACUGAAACAGCCAGCUUUAAAUAUCUAAAAUUUCUGGUUGCUAAGUUGAUGGUACAGCUGGUUCAGUCUGCCAGUUCUGAUAAAUGCUAAUGACGGUGAACAGAGAACAGUAGUUGGUUUGAAAAUGCUCACCGAUAAUUUCAGCUAGCGUUAAUCCAGUCUCUUUGGCAUUGAAGCUCGUGUAGCUCACUGCUAAUAAUAACCAACACUUAUAUAGUUGUUUUCAGAUAACUCUAGGGUAACUGAGUGCCAGUACUUACAAAUAUUGUGAUGCAAGUUGGUUUGCAGAUAAACUCAACACAGGUAAAUUUAAAUAUUAUAUAAUAUUCAACCAUUUGGUUUGGGAUUGAAGCUCAUGUCAAAAUGGUUGAUGAAGCUAGUUGAGAAUUUAUGCCAACAAUACAAAUCAAAAUUCUCAAACAUAGAUGUACAGUAACUGGCAUGAAAUUGCUCACUGAUAUUAACUAACAUUCUGAACUUCGUUGGUUUUACAAUUAAACUUGUGUGUCUUAUUUAAUUAGCUAAUAAUUAGCUAAUAAUCUAGUUGGUUUUGCAAUAUAACUGCAGCUAGCUGUGGUGCUACAUAACAUUAAUGUACUUGGUUUAGAUGUGAAACUAAUCUGACUCCAUGUUAGCAUUAGUUAAUAUGGAUAAAGCUGGUUUGUUAUAUAGACACUGCAAGUUGUUAACAUUGGUGUACACCAGCAGGUUUGUAAAUCAUGAAUUUAACUAAUGUUGUGAACUCAUCGGAUUUGGAGGUUGUGCUAUCAUUGCUAGCUAUAAAGUCAAACAUUGGCUAACACUACAUUACUUUGUUUUGAGCUGAAGCUGAUAUCACUCAGUGCAGAUAUUAGCCGCCACGUUGCUGUUGUCAGUUGAAUCUUCAGUUUUUAGUGUCUCCAUCGGAUCCAAACAUCAGCAUUUACAGAUUUAUAUUUAACUUAGCAUCUUUUUUUUAUCUUUAUUGUGUUCUGGUUUGACGUCACCUUGAUUGUCAGCGGUGGAUUUCAUGUGAUGAAGACAAAGACCUGCCAGCUCCUGAACUUUGACUCGGAGGAUCUUUAUCGAAUUCAGUCCCACAGACGACAGAUGGACGUCGUCUUUUCUGAUCUUUGUGCACAGGACUGUUUGUAUCUGCACCCUGUCUUCAAUAUUAUGCUGAUGUUUUUAUUAUUCUCCUUAUUGUCAGAGCCAACAGUCUGAGCUCCGAUGGCUUGACCUUUUUUCCUGAUGUGAUUGGAGGAGGACGAUCAGGUGUUGACGAGCUCUUGAAGCUCCGACUGUCUCCUCAGCCCCUCCUCCUCCUGUUUCUGUUCAAUCUGGGACUUUUUUAUGGUGACAAGGUAACAAGAGUCCUCCUGAUAUCACACUAAAACACUGUGGCCUGCAGGAAGAGUCCUGUUGUACAGUCACUUUCAGUUUUUAUCUUAAUUAGAUGUAUGUGUACAAAUAUAUUCUGUAAAUAUAUACAUAUAUAUAUAUAUGAGGCUGAAAUGUGUGUUGCCAUGACGACACAUAGAGCAUCAUGGACUCUCAGACAGACGCAGUCCCUAAUCAGAGGUCAAACGAGAAGUUUUUAGUUAAACGUAAAUGAAGAUGCACAUCAGGGUGGCACAUCAUGCCGUGUUUUUAAAAGGAGUCACCAUGCAGGUCAUCCUACUGCUUCACGUUAACUUUCUCCAGAGCAAACGCAGCUCAUGUUGUCAUUACAGGCUGUUCUGCUGCCUCCAAAGUGGACUGAAAACUCCACUGAUGUUCACUUAAAAUUCUGCUGAUUUAUCACUUCUGAGUCAUGAUGUUGACAACAUUUUUCUACUUGUUUUUUUUCCCUUGUCCCUUUGUUUACUUCACACCAGUGUGUUCAGAUAACUGAUUUCAGGCUCCACAUGCUGCCUCCUUGUUUACAUCAGUAAUGCAUAUCUCUUCCUUUUGUUGUGAAGGGCAGCGACGCAAACCAACAAAAUUUCCUUUAGUGUAUUUAAACUGUUUGGAGAUUAGCGUUGAGUUGCUGAGAGAAUUUUGCAUUCAGAAACUUCAUGGUGUUUUAUAUUUUCAUGCUGUGAGAGCUCUUGCUGCGUUCAGGUGAUGUGCGACAUGCGGAUGAUGCUGAGAGUCAACAUGGCUGCUGACACUGAGAAAAGUUUGAUUUUGGGCCAGUUUUAAACUUUCAAUUCGUUCUUAUUUAACCUGAAUGCAGCAUCACACCUUCAGUUUUAACUUGAAGCAGUGGGACCAGAGUCCAAACUCUCUGCCCUGAAGUUAGACUCACAGGCUCAGACCUGCCCACAGCAAGCUCCACCAACCAGAGGCUGAAGACCAUCUGCUCUGUCUUUAGGUGUGUGGAGACUCACCUGUCACCUGCGUGGUGUUUUAGAUCAUCACCAGUGGGGUAAAGUGUUUUUUAUUUGGGUUUGUGAGCCGCCUGUGAGGCCAAACUCGUGGCCCAGCGGUCCUUCACAGGUGCUGUGAUUGACAGUUGGCCGUCCAGUCCUGUGUCCUGAGUGGACAGAUGUCCUUUGGAGGUUUUAGAUGUUCGAGACGUGGACUGACAGAGGAGUUUUGUGUUUGUACAGAUGUUUUAUGUUUUUCCUCUUCAUGUGUUUCUCCUGCUGCGGUGAUGAUCAGGUGACGGGGGCUCGUGUCAGAGGGUCAUGUGGUUUUAAAGGACAUUCCACCGUUUUUCAAGGAGGACAAACAGGCUCACAGUUUUACAUUUUUCACUUUAGUUUUAUUUUUUGCUGAACAAGUGUAUAAAAGAUUUGAACACGGCUGUAAGAAAAGUUAAGUUUAAGUGCAUUAAAUAAAUAUUUUAAUUUGA